ACAAAGAUCCUUUCUUCUUUCUUUUUCUUUUUCCUUCGAGACAUCGAAAACUUGUGUUUUGAAUGAGAUUCGAAAGCAGCUAGCAGAAGACACGUCCAGCCUCUUGAAUUCACCACAAAUGAAUGAAUAAGCCGAAACGCAUCUACGCGUUAGGAGACAAGCCACAAAGUAUUAACCCACAACUUAAAGAACCUACAGCUAGCAAAAUGCUUCUGUCAUUGGUUCAGAAAUCAAAAAGUAUUUUGGGUAUAGGAGAAACUGUUACGACCCCAACUUCGUCUACCCCUCCUGUGCCAAAUGACCUCCAAAGUGGCCCUUCAGUCAAGUCAUUGAGUUCAAUGGAGCAACAGAGCACGGCUGGGGCUGACCACAGAGAGUUCCAGGAACUAAUUUAUGACUAUAUUCGGAGCAUAAAAGAUCCAGAGAAACCAGCAACAUUGGAAGAUCUACAUGUUGUUUACGAAGAAGGUGUUAAGGUGAAAGGCGUCACUUCCGGAAAUGUGAAAAUAGUAGAAAUUGAAUUUAAUCCAACAGUUCCACAUUGUUCUCUAGCUACUUUAAUAGGAUUGUGCAUAAGGGUGCAGCUGGAGAGAACAGUAGCUCUUUCAAAUCCAUUAAAACUAGACAUAUUUAUCAAGAAAGGAGCUCAUAACACAGAAGAAGAAAUAAACAAACAAAUAAAUGACAAAGAGAGAAUAGCUGCUGCAAUGGAGAAUCCCAAUUUAAGGAAAAUUGUGGAAGAAUGCAUUCAAGAGGAAGACUGAAGAAUACAUGUUAUUGUACCUGUACAUAUGUCAUUUAUUGAAUCUAAAUACUAUAUUUUUAUUAUUUUAAUUAUAAAUGUAUAGUGGUUUUAUUAUGGGUGUUAUUUAAUUAUAUUCUUCAACUAUUA